GAAGGAAAUAUUUUUUCCAUUGCUUUGCAGGACUCACUUCCCUGCAGCGCGCACUUGAGCGCAUGGACGCAGAAGUGCUUUCAAAUGAAACCUCUUAUCGACUUGACCGUGCUCUGUUUAUCACAGAGAAAAUCACCUUUAAUAAUUAGGUAAUCGGAAGAUAGGAAUGAAACCCAACUCCCAACGUGUUUCUCUGUUACUGUCAACUCUCCGCACAAGAAUGAAAGGAAUAUCUCAGUGUUUUCUGGGCUGGCUGCAGUUUUGCCAAUAGACGCAGACAGUUCUCCAUAUAUCAAAGCGGCGCCUGUCUCUGCACGUGCACGCUACUACGGUCAAUCUCGCAGGUUUGCGCCGGAGGUAACGCUGCUGCAACAUCUGCAUUCACGCCGUGAGUUGCACGGGCUCGGAGAUGUUCGCGUGGUAUACGGGCAGGAUGAUUGAUGUGGACGCACGAGAGCGGUGAACGGUAAACGGUAAACAAUGCAGCGGAUUCUUCAGAGGAGACGCAUCCGCACGCUGCGCUUGGUUUGGUCGCUCAUGGCCGUGGUCGCGCUGUCGCUGGCCGUUUGCAGUGCCAUAUUUACAGUGUGGACAAUGCGGCAAACGCGGGACCUGUCCAAGUCCUUCAAAACUCUGCAAGAGCGCUUGGAGCAGGUGAAUAUGCAGCGUAAGGCCAUCUUCCAGCUCAUCUUGGAAAAACGCGAACUGCUGGAGAGCCAGAGGUUCCGCAGGAGCGCGCCAGGGAGAAAAGAACGGAAAGUGGCCUCUCAUUUCGAGAUAACCAAAGAUUCUGUUCAAAAAGUUGGGAAUGAGGGAGUCAUUAAAGGAUGGACCGAGGAAGUGCUGAAUAUGAGCCGGGCAGUGCAUUAUAAUCCAGAGACCGGCACCUUUAAAGUGGAGCGCAGCGGCGUAUACUUCCUUUAUUGUCAAGUGCACUUCAACGAGAACCAGAGUCAGUACGUGAAGCUCGAGGUGUCCGUCCCCAAAGGCCCCUCGCUCCAGUGCAUGGAGGGGUACGGAACCACACCGGCCUCCGGCUCGCACAGGUUUCACUUCCUAAAGCCUUGCCAGGUCUCCGGCCUCCUCCGCCUUAACAAGGGUGCAGAGCUAAAGGCCGUCACUGGAAGUUCAUUUAGCCUUCAGGAGUCGGGUAAACAUUACUUUGGCCUCUUCAGAGUUAACUAGGACGGUUCGUCAGCUUUAACUAUAAAAGUUUAUAGUUUUUCACACAUCACUGGUUCAAAUCGGACUCAAAUCCAAACCUGUAUCUUUGACCCUGCUGUUGCCUUUUGACUCGACGAGGAAUAUCUCCACAACCGGUCGUCCAUGAUCACGGAUGACUCCUCAUUAACACAAGUGCCCUUCCAAACGAUGUCAUCCGGAUGUCAGCGACUGCACUGCACGCCUCGUCGGAUCAAUUUGUGGAGAAAAACGUCUCGGUUGGACCGCAAAUGCCUUAUUAAACCAGCACAAUUUCAACUACAUAAAUAUAGCAUUUAAUUACAGCAUACCAGAGACUUCACUCCAGCAGCGUGGUUGGCUUAUAUACUGGCAUAACCAAUUUGAACAGAAGGAUGUGAGGGGCAGGCCACUACAAGCAUGAGAGGCUUUACCACUGGUUACUUGGCUGGACCAAAACAAAGUUGACCCAGUUCCUGCUGGACUGCCUUACCACUGGAUGGAUUCAGCACAGAAAAAAUGUUGGGUUUGGUUGUUGAUUAUGACAACUGUUGAGUGACUAAAUAUGCAUUUAAAAGUUAUAUAUGCCAAAUGCUUUACUAAGCACCAAUCAAAAUCCAUUAGAAACAUUGAUACUGUUAAUGCUUACUACACACCUUCUUUUCAAAUAUGCUUAGUCACUGUGACCAAUAUGAAACACCUAUUUAUCACACUGCAAAAAAAUGAUUUUCAAGAAAAAAAUUCUUAGUAUUUUUGUCUUGUUUUCAGUAAAAAUAUCUGAAAAUUCUUAAAUUAAGAUGCUUUUUCUUCAUGAGCAAAAUGACCCAAGAAAAUAAGUCUAGUUUUAUAAAAAUAUAAAAUGUAAGUGAUUUUGUGCAUAAAACAAGCAAAAAAUCUGCCAAUGGGGUAAGCAAAUUUUUCUUGAAUUUUUACUGAAUUUAGUCUUAAAACAACUAGGUGGCGCAAUAACAAAAUCAUGCAUUCAACGUUGGAUCAAUACUGUGUUACAUCUAGCUAGUUUUAUGACUAUACACUUUAGUUUAGUGAAGAAACAGUUGUAUGAACAUAGAGAUUGCUUGAUAUGAAAGAUUUUGUUUAAUUAUAAGGCCAACUAGUGGUGCAGGCAUACCAAUUUUUGUGUGUGGCCUCAGGCUUAGUUCAUACAUCAGAGUAUCAAAUCUGGUGUAAAAAUCACAUUUUGUUGCAGAGUUAUAACCAUUUGUGUGUAAAAAACACAAAAAUUGAAGGUAAUUUUUCUUUUUUUGUAAAUUUCGGCCAUUUCUGAUGGAAAUUUUAAUAUAGCACCAAUAGAGGUUUUUGUUCAGAAGGUAAUGCAUUGUUCUUCCUAUGGCAUUAUGGAGUUGAUCAGAAUUACGUUCCUGGCAUUUUCAAUAUCGUUGGACUCGGCAACUAUUCAGAACUCCAAGGAAACAAGUCUCGUGAAAAUACAUUGACCGCAGCCAAAGUUAUAGGCAUAAAAACAUUCGUCUGACCACUAGGUGGCGCUGCGACGAAACUGUGCAUGCCCCCUCAGAUCCUGACUGGCAUCAUGUCAAUAGGCUUAAGUUUGGCAAAGAUACAGCCUCAAAUCCAUUUUUUAGCGCUUUACGUAAAAUUUGUUGACGCGGUUUACGAAAACGGAUUGGCGAAUCAACACGAAUUCCAUAACUUUUUGCCUUGAGGGUCUGUAGAUGCUACAUACGGUUUUUAGUGGCAAUCGGGCAAAAGCUCUAGGACAAAUUCGCAAAAGUAGGUUUUAUGAAACAUUUCAUGACGGAAAAUUAUGUCAUAGGGUCCAGUCGAAUCGUCUUGAGCCAAGGAAUCAGAGGAAACUUCAUGUUUAGGACUCACGGGUCAGAAGUUAUAAGCAAAAACAUAAGUGCAACUUUGCACUGUUGGUGGGGCUAGCGGGUUAGAAAGACUUCAAAUUUGCUGUGGAGACUUUUUGGACAGUCCUUUAUAAGCGUGCCAAAUUUCAUAUCUUUCCUAUGUACGCUGCUAUGGGCUGCCAUAGACCGCAAUGGCGGAAGAAGAAUCGGAAUAUUAAGAAAACUAACGGAUACAAUAGGGGUCUUCGCCCUUUCUGGGAUAUAUACUAAGCAUUUUUUUCUUGAAAAUCAUUUUUUGCAGUGCAAGGGAAACAUUAUUGCAGUGACUUCCUAAAGUAGAUAAUGUAUCCUGAAUACUGUGCUAUGUGUCAUUGAGAGUGACCUUGUACAUAUGGCAUGAAUGUGGACUUGAAGUGAUGGCAUGCUGAGCUCAUUGGUUUUUGUGUACAGCACAGCAGAGAAAACUUAAGAAAAAGUCACAGUAUGCCUUUACACUGCAAAAAAUGACGUUUUACUUAUAGUAUUUUUUUCUUGUUUUCAGUAAAAAUAUCAAAAAAUUCUUAAAUUAAGAUGUAUUUUCUUGAUGAGCAAAAUGACCUUGCAAAAUAGGUCUAGUUUUUUGACAAAAAAUAUAAACUUUAAAAUAAAAUAAAAGUAAACAUAUUUCAAGAUAUUUUUGCUUGUUUUAAGCACUAAUUUGCUUAAAUUUUAUAUUUUUUGUCUAAAAACUAGACUUAUUUUCCUAGGUCAUUUUGCUCAUCAAGAAAAAGCAUCUUUAUUUAAGAAUUAUUAGAUAUUUUUACUGAAAACAAAACAAAAAUACUAAGUAAGAAAGUCAUUUUUUGCAGUGUAGUUUUUAUACAGUGUGCAAUUUCAUGUUGUAUGUUUUCAAAGGUAAAGAUUUUUAUACAAUCGUAAAUACAUUUAAUCUCACUAAUAAGAAAUGUAUAAUUGACCACCACUGGUGCUCCAUGUCGACUCGAAUUUGUCUCGCUCCUCAAGCCUCCCCUGAGUGUUUGUCAUUAUUGUCAAUUAAAUGUCAAAUGAGGAUGAGAACUGCACUUUGCCCCAUCUGGGUUUCCAAAUCAUGCAGCGGCUUCCCCUUUGUAUUUCCUGAACCCUCAUGCGGACCCCGCAUUCUCCCUUCUCAUUUCCACUUGCUUCUGGACUCUCACUUCCUGUAUCUGAAUCUGCAGCAAAUAGUUGAAAACCUUUGAGGAAAAACAUGUGCUUAUUCCCCCCCUGCUCUCUAGCCUCAUUCCUUCCCCUUGUCUACUCAGUAUUUUUUUUCCUCUGUUUGGGUUCGCUCCUCACAUUAAAUCCACAUUUGUCUAGAGAGUUUCUGCUUUUGAAACAUGUGUGAAUUUGAACGUUUUCAUUUUACCUGUAAAUUUGGUUUAAGAUUGAAAUGUGUAUUGUUGAAUAAGUAAUCUCUGUAUAAGUAGUAUAAAGGUUUAUUUAGAAGUGAAUUUUUUUCUGCAGAAACACUAACUUCUAUUAUUAUUGAUUAUACCAAGGGCUGUUAAAUGCUUUAUUCUGAUUGGUUGAGAAAUGCUCCAUGGGUGUGCAUUAUUUUUGGAUAAACACACAGCCGACUACGGCUGUCAAACGAUUAAUCGUGAUUAAUCGCAUACAAAAUAAAAGUUUGUGUUUGCAUAAUAUAUUUGUGUGUAUUGUGUGUAAUUAUUAUGUAUAUAUAAAUACACACAAACAUGUAUGAAUUUAAGAAAAUUUUUAUUCAUGAAUAUAUUUUUAUUUAUAUAUAAUAUAAAAUAUAUCAAAAUCUAAAUAAACACACAUACUCGAAUGUUUCUUUAAUACAUGCCUGUGUAUUUGUAUUUAUUUGUAUUUAUAUAUACAAAAUAAUUACACAUAAAUAUAUUAUGCAAACACAAACUCUUAUUUUGUAUGCGAUUAAUCGCGAUUAAUCGUUUGACAGCCCUACAGCUGAUCUGUCAAAUGUCUUAAAAUAACCACCAGAGCAAUGUUUGUGGUAACCGUGGUAUAAGCAGAAUAAUUGAUUCCGGUCCUUUGAAUUAUUUGAAAAUAAUGCACACUUCGCAUCGUGCCACAUUCCCACCUUGGGUGUGCAUUAUUUUCGAAAAAUUCAACAGCUCAUCGUCCAUUAUUCCUUACAUAAUAAUUAGAAACUGUAAUCCAACAGUGAAAGGACAAAAGCCCAAACAGAUUUUCCUGGUACUGCAAUCUCAGUGACUCAGUGACUAAAUUCUAUUAUUAUUGGUUAUACCAAGGGCUGUUAAAUGCUUUAUUCUGAUUGGUUGAGAAAUGUUUCAUGGGUGUGCAUUAUUUUUGGAUAAACGCACAGCCGA